AUGGUCGAUCUCGCAGCUGUGCAGUCCAGUCUGCACACUGACGUCCGGGCGCUGCUCAAAGAGAUGAACAGCAGAUGUACUUCACAGAAAGGAUGGAUAAGAUGGAGCCUGGAGAAGAAGGUGGAGGUUGAUCCGUCCUGCAGCGUCUCCCUCAUCUCCGUGUUGGUCAAGGAGCUGGAGAAGAAGCUGAAGAAGGUUUUCAACAUGCAUAAAAUAGGAUCCCACGUGCAUGUCAUCCCGAUACUGCACACCCUCUCCUAUGCAGUCAUUCAGUCAGGCUCCUUGAUUCCUCGCAGUCUUUACCAGCGAGUAGACGAGUGUUUGAUGAAGCUGCUGAUUCUACCGAUGCCUUACUCGACCGUGGCCCUGAGCACCUUGAGCAGCGUUAAGAUGGAAAUGACCACACCAGGCUCUUUGUACCUGAGGAGAGUCAUCGCUGAGCAGAACCUGAAGAGUAAGCAUUGCACCUUGCAAGAAAGGGUGUUUGUUCUCGCAGACCCAGAUGUUUUUACUGCACAGCUGGAGGCCACAGUGAGGGCGUAUCUGGAGGUGUCCUGCGUGCUCAGGGACACGCCCACAGCCAUGGAGAAAAAUCUGAUGCUACGAGUGAUGCAGAAGGGACUGGGGACGGCGUGUCGGAGCUCCAGACUGGCUCAGGCUCUGGAGGCUUUAGACGAUCAGAUUGUAGAGAAGUACUUCGAGGAAGUGGUCCGAGCCGUGGAGCAGAGUAUAAAACAAGGUCCAGGCGGAUGCACAACGUAUCUGAACAGACUGCAACACAUACAGGAAGAGAUUCUAACUGCUGCUACGGAAGAAGUAACUGAGGAAGAUUGCGGCUCCGUGAGCAGCCGGACGUUGUCAUUUCCAGAGAUCAAAUUCCUGCUGUGGACAAACGAAGAGGAUCUAUAUAAAAUAAAGGAGUUCCCUGCAGGGAGUCUUCUGGCAAACUUCUCCCUGAGGUCCAACUCCAACUCCAGUGUGGAUGGAGACGAGAAGGACAGAAGAGACGGGGCUGAGGACGGUGGGAUCAAGAGAUGUCUGAGGGCCGCGAGUGACAUGCAGGACAGGUUGCAGCCUCGGGUCAGAAAUCAAUCGUCAGCAUUCUCACGGAGAAACGCCUACAAGAAGUCAAACUCAUUCGAUAAACUGAGUCUGAUGAGAGAGAAGACGGACACGUUUGCUGGGAGCCGUCGUGUCCAGCGAGACGACUGCAGGUGUCUCACAGCGCGGGUGGUGGUGAUGGGGGACGACCGGGUGCUCGGGCGGCUCAGCAGGGUUCUCCUCUCCAUACGACAGCGAGAGUCCAAACAUCUUGUUUUGACCAAGAAGCUGAACCUGCAGUUGUACUACGUCCCCGUCACCGAUGUGGAGCCUCAGCCCAGUUCACCAGUCGGCCCGUGUCCGGACGAGGGGAGACUGUCUCUCGCCGGCUUGUUGGGGAGAUUGGAUCCAUGGUACAACAGCAACAUCAACAGUCUGAGAGCCACCAUCUCCAACCUGGCCAGAACGCACACGGAGUCGGAGUCGGAAAAGGACCAAAACCUCUUCCUGCUGGACACCCUGUGUUACUACCUCCGCUGUGGGACGCAGCCUGUGAACCUGCCCAUGUAUUCUGUGAAGAUGACGCGGUGCAGCAGUGACCAGUCCUCUGUGGUGGAGGACGUGUUCGUGUCCCACCUGGAGGCCGACAUGCCAGAGUUCAGAUACCUCAAAGAAAAGAAGAAGUCCACGGUGAUCGUCCACGGUGCCGUCAUCACCGUCAAUUACACAGAGACGUCUUUAAGCAAACGCACAGUUGUGAGAGGAGAAGCUCUGAGGACGUGUGGCGUGGUGAUCACCUCAGAGCCGGCGGCUGAAACCACAGGUGAGGAUUUCCUCACGGUCAGUUUCGACAGCAUUAACCUGGGAAACAAAAAAAAAAUCCGAACCCAAACCAUCAGCAUCGGGACGACGGAGGAUCGGACCCUCUCCGUGUGUCUGGACAGAGACGCUCGCAGGACGUACACUGACGUUGAAAGAAUAGACAUCUCACCGUGCUUGGACCCAGGAUGCAGCCUCCGCUCCAGCAAGUAUCUGAACAACGUCCUGUCGCUGCCCAUCAACACCUUCAGUGGUGUGACCCUGUGA